CCCCUUCUCUCUUUUCUCCACUCUAUCUGCUAUGGAACACCAAGUUCAAAGGUAUCAGCAAAAAGGUGUUUCAGUUUCAUCCUCCAAGCAUGGCAAGUUCAAGGAAAGAAUUGCAAACAAUAGCAGAUCAAGCAAGUAUAUUGGUGUACGGCAGAGGCCUCCAGGGAAGUGGGUAGCAGAGAUCAAAGACACAACACAGAAGAUAAGAAUGUGGCUGGGGACAUUUCAGACAGCUGAAGAAGCAGCUAGAGCUUAUGAUGAAGCUGCAUGCCUUCUCCGGGGUUCCAACACACGAACCAAUUUUGCAACUCAUAUUCCCACUAAUUCUCAUCUCUCUUUGAAGAUCAGAAACCUCCUUAAUCAUAAGAAGAGUUUAAGGCAAGGGACUUCUACAAUCAACUCCAACAAAACCACGAUUAAAGCAAGUACUAUAGUUUGUAGUAAUAGCAGUGUCAGUAAUGCUAGUAGCAAUGAUAGCUUUCCAUGUAAUUCCGUGAAACAAGUCAUCCAGAUGUUUGAUGGUGCAUACAGGCCAGAUUUGAGCAAAUGCCUUGGGGAACUUGAACCAGCCACAUUGCAGUUUCGUCAAUCCUGGCCAACCUCAACGGGGUUUGCUCAGAUUGCAUUAAACCAAGAAGGACUGCAGUUGCCACAAGAUGUUGGUCUUCUGUCUGAUGUAAUUGAUCCAGAGCUACUGGAAUUUGAAAGCUUGAAGGUAGAAAGACAGAUAUCAGCAUCUUUAUAUGCAAUGAAUGGAGUUAAUCACCUCGAGAAUGCAUAUGAUCCAAAUGAUGCUCUCUGGGAUCCUACACUUUGCCAGUUGUUCUGCCCAAGCCGAUUCGCUCUUUCUACCAUGAAAUUUGAAGUACAUUAAGGGAAGGAAAAGUUUGGAAGCUGUGGUGCUGAUGUAUGAGUAA